AUGAUCUCCUUUUCCUCGCUUAGCUUUGGUCUCGCCGCUAUCGCCGGCGCAUAUGCUCUUCCGGGUGACACGUCCGUCAACCUGGCGGAACGCCAGACCAUCACGUCCAGCCAGACAGGCACUAACAACGGAUACUACUAUUCCUUCUGGACCAACGGCGCCGGGACAGUGCAAUACACCAACGGCGCCGGUGGUGAAUAUAGCGUGACCUGGGCGAACCAAAACGGUGGUGACUUUACCUGCGGAAGGGCUGGAAUCCUGGAAGUGCCCAGUAUGGACAUUACCUUCUCUGGCACCUUUAGUACCUCCGGAGACGCCUACCUCUCCGUGUAUGGAUGGACUACCAGCCCCCUGGUCGAAUACUACAUUAUUGAGAACUAUGGCAGCUACAAUCCUGGCUCGAGCAUGACGCACAAGGGCACCGUCACCAGCGAUGGAUCCACCUACGACAUCUACGAGCACCAACAGGUCAACCAGCCUUCGAUCUCCGGCACGGCCACCUUCAACCAGUACUGGUCCAUCCGCCAAAACAAGCGGUCCAGUGGUACGGUCACCACCGCGAAUCACUUCAACGCCUGGGAUAGCCUGGGGAUGAACCUGGGUACCCACAACUAUCAGAUUGUCUCCACUGAGGGAUACGAGAGCAGCGGUACCUCGACCAUCACCGUCUCGUCUGGCGGUUCCUCUUCCGGCGGAAGCAGCAGCAGCUCCUCCACUACUUCAUCGGGCAGCUCUUCUACUGGUGGCUCCGGCAGUUGCUCUGCUUUGUACGGCCAGUGCGGUGGAAUCGGCUGGUCUGGCCCUACUUGCUGCUCUUCGGGCACUUGCAAGGUCUCGAACUCGUACUACUCCCAGUGCUUGUAG